AUGACUACCCGCUCCCUUCCUAGCAAUGGCAGCUCUGCCUUUGACUACAUCAUCGUUGGUGGAGGCACUGCGGGCUGCGUGAUUGCCUCCAGGCUCUCCAGCUAUCUGCCCGAGCGCCGCAUUCUUCUCGUCGAGGCUGGUCCCUCCGACUUUAACCUCAACCACGUCCUCAAUCUGAGAGAAUGGCUGAGCCUGCUGGGCGGCGAGCUGGACUACGACUACGGCACGACAGAGCAGCCCAUGGGCAACAGCCAUAUCCGCCAUUCUCGUGCCAAGGUUCUUGGAGGAUGUUCGUCACACAACACGCUCAUUUCCUUCCGCCCUUUUCGUCACGACAUGGACCGCUGGGUCGCUCAGGGCUGCAAAGGCUGGACCUUUGAGAAUGUGACUCGUCACAUUGAUAACCUUCGCAACACGUUCCAGCCUGUCCACGCCCGUCAUCGCAACCAGCUGUGCAAGGAUUGGGUCCAGGCCUGUGCCUCUGCUCUCGACAUUCCCGUCAUUGACGACUUCAACACCGAGAUUCGCGAGAGAGGCCAGCUCACACAGGGUGCGGGCUUCUUCAACGUCUCGUACAACCCGGAUAACGGCCGCCGAAGCAGCGCCUCUGUCGCUUACAUCCACCCUAUCCUGCGUGGCGAGGAGCGGCGGCCAAACCUGACCAUCCUGACCGAGGCUCACGUCUCCAAGGUUUUGGUGGAGAAGGAUGUUGCCAGUGGUAUUGUUCUGCACUUGGCGUCGGGCGAGAAAACGGUGCUGAAGCCCCGCAAGGAAAUCAUCCUUUGCGCUGGUGCUGUCGACACGCCUCGCCUGAUGCUUCACUCUGGCCUUGGGCCUCGCUCGCAACUCGAGGGCCUAGGACUUCCCGUCGUCAAAGAUAUUCCCGGUGUUGGCGAGAACCUGCUUGACCACCCAGAGACCAUCAUCAUGUGGGAGCUCAACACGCCAGUUCCCGCCAACCAGACCACCAUGGACUCGGACGCCGGUGUCUUUAUCCGCCGAGAACCCACCAACGCUGCCGGCAAGGACGGAGAUGCCGCCGACAUCAUGAUGCACUGCUACCAGAUUCCCUUCACGCUCAACACUGAGCGCCUGGGCUAUCCGAGGAUCCGCGACGGCUAUGCAUUCUGCAUGACUCCCAACAUCCCCCGGCCUCGAUCUCGCGGCCGCAUCUACCUGACUUCUGCCGAUCCGGCAGUGAAGCCGGCCCUGGAUUUCCGGUACUUUACCGACCCCGAAGGCUACGACGCCGCCACUUUUGUCGCUGGAAUCAAGGCUGCCCGCAAAGUUGCCGAGCAAAGCCCCUUCAAGGAGUGGCUGAAGGAAGAGGUCGCCCCCGGCCCCAAAGUGCAGACGGACGAAGAGAUUAGCGAAUACGCUCGCCGUGCCGCCCACACUGUCUACCACCCUGCCGGUACCACCAAGAUGGGCGAUGUGGCCAAGGACGAGACAGCUGUCGUGGAUCACGAGCUCAAGGUCCGAGGCAUCAAGAAGCUGCGCAUUGCCGACGCCGGCGUGUUCCCCGAGAUGCCCUCCAUCAACCCCAUGCUUACGGUGCUGGCCAUUGGUGAGCGGGCGGCCGAGCUGAUUGCCAUGGAAGAGGGCUGGAAGCCUAAGACGUCGAGACUGUAG